AUUUUAUUUACAAAAAUGAUUAAUUAUUGCUUUAUAUUGUUUUACUCAGUUUUAAUUAUAACAACUAUCGAUGGCAAAGAUGAAAACGAUUGUGUUAUGCAACGCAUUCAUGAGUGCCAACAAAAUCAUAAAAUUAAUCCCCGAUUUUAUCCAACGGAUUUGGAUCAACUCAAACAGUAUUGCAGGACUAUUGAACAAAAUGACGAGUGUUUGAGUACAGUGGGGUCACAGUGUCUGAACGAUACGGCAAAUGUUAACACAGAGGAUGUGAUCAAUCAUAUGAAUAAACAAACGACUCCUCAUUAUAGAGAUAUUUGCAAUUAUACCUCAACUUAUAGCAGAUUGUUUGUUAAGUAUGGGAAGUGUCUGAAGGAAACGGUUUCCGAACAAAAUAAAUGUCAAAACAAAUACCGGGUUUUGAUUCAGUCUAAAGAAGACUUAUUGUUAACUGUGGGCUAUUCACGCAAUAAUAGCAGAAGUGAUAAUUACCAGAAAAUUAGACAAAUUUGUUGUUGGUGGGCUGAAUACCAGACCUGUGCCAUGAAGAUGGCAAUCGACCGGUGCGGACAACAAGCGGCCGUUCUUCUCAAUGAAGAGUUUCAUAAACUCCAUACAAGCAGUUCUACUGCUAAGAUGCUGACCUACAGGUCAUGUCUACCGCAGGACCAGUCCUACACAUUUCCCGCCUGUUUUCUUGACCAUUCACUCGAACCAAACCCAAUGUCGGUAAUUAUGGAUAACAAUGAAUUAGACGUCGAAGAAAACAGUAGAAUCAAAGAUUUACAGCAAACUCUUCAAAAUAAAGAUCUCAAUGGUUAUAAUCAAUCGGAUUUCACGCAUUUGAUUGAGGCAUCAACUUAUAACUCGGCCACCGAUUUGUGUCCACAUUUGAUUGUAACAUUCACUCUAUACUUAUUAACUUUUAUUAAAUUCACCUGUAAUCAACAAAUAAAAUAA